CCCGCGGGCCGGCUCGUCACUUCCGCGGCCGAGCGCUGCUUCCGGGCGGCGCUGAGGAGAGGGAGGGGCUGCCAUGUCCGCUGCGGGACGCGCUGCCGGGCCCGGCGCCGGAGCCGCCUCUCGGCUUUGAAGACUGCCAAGAACACACGAUUCGACUCAUUUAAGCAUUAAAAUAGUAAUACCCAUGGAAGAGCCUCAAGACUUACCCGAACAACCAGUGAAAAAAGCCAAGAUGCAGGAAUCCAGAGAACAAAGUUUGAGUCAUGUGAGCAAUGCAGAAGUCAGCGAUGAGAAACCUGAAUCUUCAAGCCUUGGUUCAAACCUUCCCAUGUCCAGUGAGAUUAUGACAUGCACUGAUUAUAUCCCAAGGUCAUCAAAUGACUAUACCUCACAAAUGUAUUCUGCAAAGCCAUAUGCACAUAUCCUUUCUGUACCUGUAUCGGAAACCAUGAGCCCUUACCCUGGUCAGCCUCAGUACCAAGCACUGCAGCAGUCUCAGCCCUACACCAUCUACCCCCAGACCACCCAAACCUACGGACUACCUCCUUUUGGUGCACUGUGGCCAGGUAUGAAACCUGAAAGUGGUUUAAUUCAGACUGCAUCUACAAGUCAGCACAGUGUUCUUACCUGCACUACAGGGUUAACCACAAGCCAGCCCAGCCCAGCACAUUAUUCUUAUUCCAUUGAAGCAUCAACUACCAAUGCCAGUCCAGUCUCUACAUCCUCAACUGUUGUCAAUAUUUCCACGUCAGCAGUAGCCAGCAUCUCACAGGACUAUCCCACCUACACAAUCCUUGGCCAAAGUCAGUACCAGACGUGUUACCCGAGUUCUGGCUUUGGAGUGGUGACACCAGCAGAGAGCAACACAGAGACCACUGCGUUAGCCACAGCCACGUACCCAGCCGAGAAGCCAAGCGCCAUGGUGCCUACACGGGCGGUGCAGAGACAUUCCUCUGGAGAUGCAUCCACAAGUCCUUCAUUAUCAAGAGCAACAGCAAGUAAAGAGUUAGAUGAGCAGGCAAGAAAAAACAUCCCUGGGAAGAACAGGGGAAAGAGGAAAGCAGAUACUUCUUCCUCACAGGACAGUGAACUGGAGCGAGUGUUUCUCUGGGACCUGGAUGAGACCAUCAUAAUCUUCCAUUCGCUUCUCACAGGGUCUUAUGCUCAAAAAUAUGGCAAGGACCCAACUAUAGUGAUUGGCUCAGGUCUGUCAAUGGAGGAGAUGAUUUUUGAAGUAGCUGACACCCACUUGUUUUUCAAUGACUUGGAGGAGUGUGACCAGGUACACAUAGAAGAUGUGGCAUCUGAUGACAAUGGCCAGGAUUUAAGCAACUACAAUUUCUCCACGGAUGGCUUCAGUGGCUCAGGCAGUAACACAAACCACAGCUCCUCAGUUGGUGUCCAGGGAGGAGUGGACUGGAUGCGAAAACUGGCCUUCCGCUACCGCAGGGUGCGAGAGAUCUAUGACAAGUACAAGACCAAUGUUGGAGGCCUUCUGAGCCCGCAGAAGAGGGAGGCUCUGCAGCAGCUAAGGACUGAUAUAGAAGUGCUAACAGAUUCCUGGCUGGAAACUGCACUAAAGUCCCUGCUACUCAUACAGUCCAGGAAAAACUGUGAGAACAUCCUGAUCACAACCACCCAGCUGGUGCCAGCUCUUGCCAAAGUUCUCCUCUAUGGAUUGGGAGAGGUGUUUCCCAUUGAAAAUAUUUAUAGUGCUACAAAAAUAGGUAAAGAGAGCUGUUUUGAGAGGAUCGUGUCACGGUUUGGAAAGAAAGUCACCUAUGUGGUGAUUGGAGAUGGGCGAGAUGAAGAGGUGGCAGCUAAGCAGCACAACAUGCCUUUCUGGAGGAUCACAAACCACGCAGACCUCGUGUCCCUUCACCAAGCCCUGGAGCUAGACUUCCUGUAGGAAGCCGGAGCAAAGGUGUGACUGCAGCUCCUGCAAGCCCUCUCCAGCACUGGGGAGGCAGAAACCUCGUACAUUUGGGGACUCACUUUUCAGCUUGAUGAAGAAAACAUACCCAAGGAGAACUGUGCAGCACAACGCGGCCCCAGGGCACGACCUCAGGAGCAGGGGCCUUGCCAAGUACAGAGGUGUCCUAUGAGGAAGCUCUGGACUCAGCAGAGCUGGAGCUCGUCUGAAGAAGAGACUCACAGAAGCCAGCUGAGCUCCUCUAGCAGGUAGUCUCCGGAGGGAGAGGGUGAGCCAACACAAGUGCUUGUAGGAGCUUUCUCCCUUCUGUUCAGCUUAGUUGUAGAACCCAAGUAACCACAAAACCUUAUUUUUAUAGAGAAAUCCUGAUGGCAGAGCUGAAGCUCCCUUGUUCCAAUGAGAGCUGUGGGCCUUUCAUAGGAAAUACUAAUGAAAAUGGCAAAAAUACCUC